ACCCCCAACCAAUUUUAAAAUGGCCGAUACUGCUGCUGAGGUUGUUGCCACCACCCCUGAGGUCACCAAGGAAGUCCCUGAGACCAAGACUGAGGAGGUAGAAAAGGCAGAGAAGGCCCCCGCCGAGGAGGAGGCUGAGGAAGCCAAGACCGAGGAGAAGGCAGCCAAUGGUGACAAAACAGAGGAAACCAACGGUGAUGCCACAGAGAAAACCGAGGAGGACAAGGCUGAAGAGACCGAGGAAGCCAAGGCGGAGGAGACCAAUGGCGUAGAGAAGGAAGCUGAUGAGGAAGCCGCCAAGACCAACGGCCACAGCGAAGAGACUAACGGCGUUGCUAAUGGUGAUUCUGAGAAGCGUGCAGCAGAGGAAUCUGAAGCCACCUCACCCACAAAGAAGGCAAAGGUUCAAGAGGAGACCACAGAGGCUGCAGCUGAAACCACUGCUUAAGUCUGUCUUCCGCUCUUGUCCCCCAAGACCCUCACUCUAGCCUUCUCAGA